AUUCAAGACGGGGGUGGGGUAUUUAAUGGUGUUCAAAAUAAAGGGGGGUCAACUUGUCCACAGUUGCUAUAGAAACACCAAAUGUGAAAUACAAAGCGACUCCAAGGCUAAACUCUAUAUUGGUGGCCCCCAAACCCCAUGGGAGCCUUAUAUAUUGAGUGUGUGUGUGUGUGAGGGGGCUUUUAAGUACCUAUAAAGAGGGCCCUUUUAGUUGUAAUGUGACCAGUACAUUUAAGCACUAAGCACAGUGGGAAAUGGGAGAUCAAAUCUAUUUGUUUCAGAAUGCUACAUGCUGUUAUUGCAGGCAUGAUUGAAAAAUCUCAUGAGUGAUAUUUAUCUGCAAACGUUAUUCUAAUCAGCAUACAUUGACACCUGCACCAAAGCUAAUUUCCUGUUGAGGAUCAUGCUCCUGUUAUUGCUUUUUCUUUGCCAACAUUACACCUUGUGCCUGUGGCUGUUACUCAUGCUUCAUCUGAGCAAGGCAGAUGAGGAGGAGGUCCUGCAAAAAUGAGGCCAGUCAGCGAUGCGUCCUGAGGGGUGCGGGGUGGGGGAGUCACAGUGUAGCGAGAGGUGAAGCAGUCAAUCCAGUGGGGCACAAGGAGAUUAGUGCAGAGGAGGAGGAGGAGGGUCACUGGGGUAGAAGGGGAUUUUGAGUUUGAACACAAAGGCAGAAGAGGAGGAGUCACAGUAGUAGGGAAAGGGAGUGAAGGCGGGGGAUGAUGAAUCAGAUUUCUCUUUUGUUGUGCAAAUGUUACUAGCCACUGUUACUGCCUAAGAGGCUGGUGAUUGGUGGGCUGGUUUAAAUUGUAAGGUGCAUUUCAGGCUGAUGGCUGUUGCUGCUAGACUUUGAACUGUCACUGAGGGAGGAGUGGGAGGGAAACCACGGCUGUGACAGACAGCAGGAGGAGGGCAACGUUUCUAAAGCGAGUGAUCACAGAGAGAGUGUGCCGUUUAAUCAGGAUGUUUAAAUGUUUUAGUUAGCUGUUGGUGUAACUUCCUCUUGUAUCUCAAUUAAAUAAUAGUAAUUUGAUAUUUUUGGAGAUAGCUGAGCAGUACUGAUAUAUAGUAAAUAGUUAAUAAUUAGUUUACAUUUGUCCAAAGGUAACCUUGAUUUAGAAGAGCCUGUUUCUUAUACACUACCAGAAACAUUGAUGACUGUUACAGUGACAAGUAUACUACAGUUAACAUUUUGUGCAGAUAAAGAAAAAUAGAAAUGGAUAUGUCAUAGUGGAGAAAGUAUCAGUAAAGACGCCAGCUUACGGAACCUUAUGCCUUUAAAUGUUGAAGUAUUUAAAAAGCCUGUUGUGUCUUUUUAGUUUUAACUUAAGUAAAUUGAAAUCUGAAUAAAUUAUGAAACACAAUCCAGUCCGAAAUCCAUUCCAGGCUUUCCCCAGUUCACUAGUCCCACACCAGUAGUAGUCAUUUGAAAAGGCACCAUGCUUGAUCUAGUGGUGGGUUCUUACCCACACAGUGAAGUUGUUGGAGUCUUCCCUUCCUGAAACCAGACCACUGGGACUAUAACAGUGCACUAGUGCCUAAUGCUAUGGAUGUCCAGAGCCUGAAGGACUGCUGUAUUACUACCAGUGAAAGUGGCAAGAUUUUGUGAAGAAGGACAACUUAACUUCAAAAUCAGAAACUGGAGUAAAAGACGUCAUCCAGUUGUUUGUCCUCCUCCUCUCAAAAUGAGCUCCUGGGUGGUGAACAGGAAAGGAGAGCCGCAGUACCGACGGCACUUCUUGGCAGACAAUAGCAUCUUUCAUGUGGAGCGAUGCAUGAGUGUUAUGCAGUCAGGGACACAGAUGGUAAAGCUGAAGGCUGGAUCCAAAGGGUUGGUAAGGCUCUUCUACCUGGAUGAACAUCGUUCCUGCAUCCGCUGGAAGCCCUCACGCAAGAGUGAGAAGGCCAAGAUCACCAUUGAUUCACUGUAUAAGGUGACAGAGGGCGGUCAGUCGGACAUCUUCCAUAGGCAUGCGGAUGGCACCUUCGACCCUGCCUGCUGUUUCACAGUUUAUCAUGGAAACCACAUGGAGUCCCUUGACCUGGUGACAUCAAAUGCAGAGGAAGCCAGAACCUGGAUAACUGGUCUUCGCUACCUAAUGGCCGGAAUUAGUGAUGAGGACUCUUUGGCCAAGCGCCAGCGUACACACGACCAAUGGAUGAAGCAGACGUUUGAAGAGGCCGAUAAGAACGGAGAUGGCCUACUAAACAUUGACGAAAUCUACCAACUUCUUCACAAGCUGAAUGUCAAUCUGCCACGCAGGAAGGUCAAGCAAAUGUUUCAGGAAGCAGACACAGAUGAUCAUCAGGGCACCCUCACAUACGAGGAGUUCUCUGUCUUCUACAAGAUGAUGUCUCUUAGACGGGACCUGUAUCUGCUGAUGAUGGCAUACAGCGAUAGGAAGGACCACCUGACAGCAGAAGAACUGGCCAACUUCCUGCACAACGAGCAAAAGAUGACCAAUGUGACUCCAGAGUAUGUUGCAGAAAUCAUUGACAAGUUUGAAGUGUCAGAAGAAAAUAAACAACAAUGUGUUAUGGGGAUUGAAGGUUUUACAAAUUUCAUGCGCUGUCCAACGUGUGACAUUUUCAACCCACUGCACCACGAGGUAAAUCAAGACAUGGACCAGCCUCUGUGUAACUACUUCAUCGCCUCCUCUCACAACACCUACUUGACCGGAGAUCAGCUCCUCUCCCACUCCAAGACUGACAUGUAUGCCUGGGUGCUGCAGUCUGGUUGCCGCUGUGUGGAAGUGGACUGUUGGGAUGGUCCCGAAGGAGAGCCGAUGGUCCAGCAUGGCUACACUCUGACCUCAAAGAUCCCAUUCAAGUCUGUCAUAGAGACCAUCAAUAAAUACGCCUUCAUAAAUAACCAGUAUCCAGUGAUUCUCUCCAUAGAGAACCACUGUAGCAUCCAGCAGCAAAAGAAGAUUGCACAGUACCUGCGAGAAAUCUUUGCAGACAAACUGGACAUAGGAGAUGUACUGAGUGGAAACUGCAAAACAUUACCCAGUCCUCACAGCCUGCAAGGCAAGAUACUCAUCAAAGGAAAACGCCUGCCUGCAUAUCUGUCUGCAGAUGCUGAAGAAGGGGAGGUGUCCGAUGAUGACAGCGCUGAUGAAAUUGAGGACGACUUCAAGCUCAAGAGCAGUAAUGGCAAUGGUCACCACCAGGUGGAGUCUCACAUCAGAAAGAAACUGGACUCUCUUUUAAAGGAGUCUCGGAUCGGAGACAAGGAAGACACUGACAGCUUCAGCAUCAGAGCUUUGCUCCGAGCCACACACCAGGGUCUUCAGAAGAAUCUGCGGCAGAGCUCCAGAGGGGUUCUGAAGAAAUCCCAAAGCAGAUCGUUCAUCACGACACUCAAACAGAAGAGGCACUCCAAAUCCAGGCUGACAUGCCAAAGCAUGGACAAGGAAGAAGAUGGUCAGGAGAGGUCUGGGAGGGAGGCUGGAGGACAGUUCAACAGGUGUGGAAGAAAGAGGAAGACGAUGAAACUGAGCAGAGAUCUGUCAAAUCUCGUGGUGUUCACCAACUCUGUUGCCUCACAGGAGUGUCUUAAUGAAGGCACUGCAGGUGACGUUCUGUCUUUCAGUGAGACCAGAGCACAGUCUCUGGUGAAUCACAGAACAGAAGAGUUCCUGGCUUUUAACCAGAGGCAGCUGUCUCGAAUUUAUCCCUCGGCAUAUCGCAUCGACUCUUCCAAUUUCAACCCUCAGUUCUACUGGAACGUGGGUUGUCAGUUGGUUGCACUCAACUAUCAGACAGAGGGGAGGAUGAUGCAGCUGAACAGAGCCAAGUUUAUGGUGAAUGGAGGUAUUGGAUAUGUCCUCAAGCCUCCUCCAAUGUGUAAAGGCACCUUCAACCCAUUCAGUGAUGAUCCCCUUCCAGCUUAUCCCAAGAAACAGCUCAUUCUCAAGAUCAUUAGUGGACAGCAGUUGCCCAAACCGCCAGAUUCCAUGCUGGGGGACCGUGGAGAGAUUAUUGAUCCUUUUGUUGAAGUGGAAAUAAUCGGUUUGCCAGUUGACUGCUGCAAGGAACAGACCCGAGUUGUUGAUGACAAUGGUUUUAACCCAGUAUGGGAGGAGACUCUGACCUUUACACUUCAUAUGGCUGAGGUGGCAUUGGUGCGUUUUCUUGUCUGGGACCAUGACCCGAUUGGAAGGGACUUUAUUGGUCAACGGACUGUUGCUUUCACCAGCCUGAUGCCUGGUUACAGACAUGUUUACUUGGAAGGGCUAACUGAAGCUUCCAUUUUUGUGCACGUGUCAGUGCAUGAUGUCUAUGGGAAGAGUAAUCAGCUACGAGGUAUCCGAGGUUUCUUUAACCGUUCUUCCAAGUCCUCCGUUGAUACAAAUUCCAGUGGUCCUCGAAAACGCUCCAUCAGUGAUCACCUCCUGCGACGCACGGCAAGUGCCCCGGCAAAGGGACGGAAGAAGACAAAGAUGAUGCUGUCAGAGUCAGUGGCUUCAAUAUCAGACCAAAAGAAUGGCACAGGUGCAGCUGCUGCAGGAGGAGAGGGUGUGUCUGGGAAGGAAGGAGGGAUGGAGAAACGUCUCCAGCCCCGAGCCCCACUUAUUCACAGGCCGAUCUCCAUGCCCUUAGACAGACUUCUGCAAGGGCAGCUUUCCAUCUGCUCCCCAGACAAAGAACAGCAUGACAUGGGUGCAGACACUGUUAUUGGAUCCUGCCUUUUUGACAGGCCCAGGUCUUCCUCUGUUGACCUACUCAUCGAAUCAUCACUUGCCACAGAAUCAAACGCCCCUUCUCCCUCUAAGACAUACAGAAACAAAGAAUUUCACCAGUCAGAGACUUCUUAUCUGGUUGUUGGUGUUGGAGAAGUGAGGAAGGAAGAAGACUAUGCGAAUUACCAGCCAGAAGACAACAAGUCCAAGAUCAUCUCCACAGGAACAGAGAAAAACUCUCUUGUAUUGCCUGCAAUGAAUAGCCAGAUGCAACUGGAUAAACCAGAAACAUCAUCAAGUAGCACAACAUUCACAGCUGCACCUUCAGUGUCUUCAUCCUCCUCCUCUGUCCCCUCAUCUGUGGCCCCUCUUUCCCCUGUCAACAGGUACUGUGAUUUAAAGAGCCCCAGCUUUAUGCAUGACAGCACAAUUUCCAGAAUUAUUGAUGCUGUAUCCUUAGGCAAUGAGGAAGACACAUGUGGCUCUGUUUCAGCUCUUAUUGGUCAGUUUGAAAGCACUGUUGACCAAAACAGUUUCACAUCUCGUGAUAUGAUCCCGUCCCAUCACUCAAACUUGAGGCCUACUACCCCUAAAACACUGGAAGAGUUCAGAUCUCCUCUGAAAACCAGUGCAGAUUCCCCCUACAAGAAAAAUCCCACAAGUCCCCAGAAGGCAGUUCAUAAAGCGAAUAAUGUAAAUUGGGAAAUCUGUUCACCUCACAAAACUACCCAACCUGCACCAGCCCUCAUCUCCAGCCCAGAAACCACUGAGCUCGAGGAGGUCUAUACCAUUCUAGAUGAGGAGGUUUUGUCGCCAGUAUCAGUGUACAACCUGAAGAAACAGACAGUCCAUGUUCAGGCAGACACUUUAAAGAGCACACCCUCAAGCAGUUUGGGGUCAUCUCCAGCAAAGGUGGUUCAAGGACUGGGGAAAAGUCAUAAUAUAGGCUGGGAUUGUGUGGAAAGAAAAAGAGAUGAGGAGAUAGAGGAGAGGGUGUAUGAAGAGGUGACUGAUCCCCCAGGACCAAUGAGUGAAACAGAACAAAAUACUUCUAAAAGGUACAUAGGCUCUUCUGUAAACGGUCACAGUUUUCACAUUGCCCACGAUUCAUCUGGAAAGGUUUUUACAGAAGUGGAGUUAAAUGUUGAUGAGGAUCCACUGGAGACGAUGCUGACUUCCCCAAGACAUUAUGAGCUUGGGCUUAUGAGUCCUAUCAAACGCCAGGCUAUUUAUGAAAACCAUGAGUCCACUCCUAGCUGCUUCCUACAAAAACAGCCUUCUUCAUAUUAUGAUUCCCAACAGCAGUACUCAUCACGUUCCUCUCACGUUGCAUUUUCACAGCAUCAUUCCCCCAUGAAUCAACCUUCUUAUCAGCAGUUCAGUCACGAUGAACACCAUGACAAUUCCCAGACUUCCCUCCACUAUAGACUUUUUAACUCUAGACCCUCUAAUCCCAGUCCAGUGCGUCAAAACAGCUACCCCAUACCUCAGAGAAAUUCCGAGGCCCUUAACCACACCAGAGACUUCAGCACUUCCUACCAGCAGAGGAGCUACAGUGGGAAUCGUAUCCUAAACAUGUCUCAUCAAGACAGGCUGGGGUAUGAACAGCUGGAGAGGGAGCAAGCAGGAUGUUACCAAAAUGGUAUUUGCUCUUCGGAAAGCCUCCAUGAUCAAUCUGCUACAUCUGUAAACAGCUGUAGAGACAGAGGCCUUUAUUCCCCCUCUUCAGACUUUGAAGCAGUAUACAGCCAUCUGGACUAUGACUGCAUUAUGUCCUCUCCAGCUCCACAGAACAGCCAGCUACACAACCAAAGUCAAACACAAUCAUUUGACCAACAGCAGUCAUGGAACCAAAAGGUUUCUCAGAUUAAUUAUAGGCACCAGCCACAGGCUGAAACCAGAACUACACGACAGUCUAGUUUAAAGCCGUUAUCACCUCUUUCUCAGUCUGAUACUAUAGACUCCACAGCCCCCAGCCCAUGCAAAUCCAAAUCCCUGGGAGACUUAACCUCUGAAGACAUAUCAUGCAACUUUCAGAGCAAAUACCACAUUAUUAGUCGCAGUUUCAUCACGCCCCAUAUGAGGAAGCAAAAGAAGUCGGGCACCAUAGAGGGAGUAACUUUCCAGUCACAGUCUUGUGAUCCUCUUACCGAACAGCUACGUAAGCUGGUCAGUUUGGAGGGGGAUGACAGUGAUAUUGAUAGGCCCCAGUCUCCUCAGUUGCAAGCAAAAUCCCCACUGUCACAGCCACAGGCACCAAGUUUAGCUCCUGUUGUGUCCAGGGAUACAGAUGAUUCCCCUCCACCCCUAACACGUCGCCUAUCCUCCCGUAGUCAAAGCCGUGUACGUCACAUCAAUAGCCGGGCUCGGGAAAGACAGCAAGAAGCUCUAAAACCUCGUUCAGGGGUGGUCAUCAAUAGCACUGCCGGCAUUGGUGGGGUAGUAUUAAGGAAUAAACCAGCCUCACAGAAUCCUCCAACGAACAGACACUCUACUGGUUCUUACAUAGCAGGUUAUCUUGGUCAGCUGGAGGACAGGGGACUUCCCGAAGGAGCUUGCACAUCAUUACGUUACGGAAAUGGUGACCAUUAUGGAGAUCGAUACUAUACUGAUGACUCUCUUCCACCUGCAAACACAAGCCACUCAGUGUCUGAGCCCGAGGUCUACUUUCUGCUCAGACUCUAAUUCUGAUAACUUUACAUGAAAUUAAGAAUCUGCCAGUGAUUCUUGAUUAACUUCAGUUAUACCAAAAGUCUGGGGAUCAAUGAAAUAAGCACUUGCCCUUGCUUGUUCUCAUAUUUGUUAACCCCAAGUUGAAUAAAUGUUUAUUCUGGGCUGUUUUUAGAAAAGAUAAAAGUGAAGCAUCUCAUAUAAUCCAUGGUUGGAUCUGACAGCAUGAAUUGCCUGUAUGAAAUGUCCACUAUUUCAAUAGUGAAUGGUCUUUCUAGUCGGCUAUGUAUCGUCUGUAUUCUGCUUAAUGUGUAAAUGUACUUGGGAACUUUGAGUCCCUCCAAACGGCUUCCUAGACUGAUUGUACAGAUACUUGUUAUCUUUGUCUCUGUGAUGUACUGUCCAAAAUAUGUACACUGACUAUGAAGCAAAAAAAAAGAAGUAUUGGCUGUUAAGCAGAGAGGGAAUGUCUUUCUUUGUAUCAUUUGAAUGUGUAGUAGUAUCAAACAGCUACUUUGAAUUGAUGGGUUUCAUCUUCAUAUCAAAUGUAAGUCUUCCUUCUCUUUCCAGCGGUAUUUCUUUAUUUGUGUUGUGUGUAAAUAUUCCUGACAUGAUUUUUCAUCUCAGAUGAGUUUUAGUUGAGAAUCAGUUCUAACUGUACAUUUAUGUUUGUGCAUGUUACUUGUGAACAUGUCAAGCAUGACUAUGCACCAAUUUAUAAAAUAGGUGUUGCAUUGACCAACCUUAUUUGCACAGAACAAACGGUUGUAUUGGAUACAACAGAGGGCAUAGGCUUGUUUGUAUUGGGUGCAAUACAGUACAUAGACUUCUUUGCUUGGACUUGUUGCUCUUUUUGAUUUGUAGAAUUUGAAAAUGUGAUUGCAAAUUAAGAAAAAAUUGAGUUUAAAGGUUUUUAUUUUUAUAAUUGCUUUGAUACAGACUGCAAAAAUGAUCUUUUAGUUCUGUUCAUUUUUAUUUUGUAUAACGUGAUGGACUGAAAAGGCAGAGUGACAACUACACCGGGCCAAGCAGAGGAGAGGAGCGUAGUAAGACUGCAGUUUUGGUGGGUUUUUUCUUUUUUGUUUCAGUGUUGCACCAUCUUUUUUCUUUGUAUGGCUGCUCACUGAAGAACUAUGAGCAUUUUCUUAUCAAUGCAAUAAAAUUAUGAGAUAUUUG